AUGAUGGACAAUAAGGUUCACAUCUCUGAUGGAACGACUGGGCGCAUGCCCUCGGCUAAAUCCAACAAAAACCACCUGUUCGGUCACGCGAUUGCGGAAGACCUCGUGCGCCGGUACUUCUCUCGGUCGCUCGACAAGAAGGACAAGGUUGGUCUCGCCGCUUUUGGGAUGCAUGUACUGUGCCACCCACCCGAGAGGCGCGUGUUGAAGCUUUGCUAUCUUUGCGAACUCAUGGCCGUGAUCGCGGGUUUGGUGAUGUUCUUCAGUUCUUACUUGCUUCGAUUCGAUGCUACCUCAACCUUUGGCAUCAUGGGCGCAUUCUUCGCCAACGUUUCGCUGAUGUGUAACCUAUGUGGGAUCAUAAACUGCUUGUUUAUGGGCUUCAAGAUCAGCACCGGCAAGGGGUCGGUAUACGAGGCCUUGGAUGUGCUGCAAGGGGUUGGGCAGACAGUGAACCUGAUCGUAUUCGGUGUCAAUGGUGCAGGGAUGGCUUACAUGUUCUACUCCCUCGACCUCACGACCGAUGACUACCUGCGUUGGGCCAACCUUGGGAUCUUCAUCCCGGCGUUCUGUUACUCGUAUGGUUUUGUUAUAUGGUACGUGCUUUCUUACGAGCCGUUGUCGUGGUGGCACCAGUGGUCGUGGAACUACGAAUUGUUCAAACCCAUGUACAUCAUCGCCUGGCUUCGGAUGGGGAGGGUGCCCAUGCGGGAGAGAGCCGCGGCGCAACUCGAGUACUUGCUGGCGGAUCUGCCCGACGACGUGAUGGCGAUCCUCAAAGCCGACGGGAAUGUGUAG